CGGUAAGCGAGCAAUCGGAAAGAGCGAGCGCAAAGGCAUUAGCCCUCAAAGGAUUAUCGAUCGGUUGGUCGACGUGGUUUUAGGCGGAGAAACGGACGCACGGUGGUGAGAAAAGGCAUUCUCGGUGGGAAAGGUAAGCGCGUCAACGCAAUGUCAACGUAUCGACGUACGAGAUCGACGAUCGCCACGAUACAGGUGGGACACGGGAUGCAUAUUUUACUCGUAGCGUGAAACUGUACGUGAGGAGCAUUCGGAUGGACAAAUGGCUUCAAGAUAGGAAGCUUUGGCUAUUUGGUAGCACGCUACCAUUGCUACCGAGAAGAUCGCGGGCGCCGAGCAAAACCAUGGAACGCUAUGAACGUCUGGCACGACUCGGCGAGGGUAGCUACGGCGUUGUUUUCCAAUGCAGAGAUCGGCAAACUGGGAAUUUGGUCGCUGUAAAGAAGUUUCAACAGACCGAGGAUGAUCCGUUGAUACGUAAAAUCGCGCUACGGGAGAUACGUCUUUUAAAGAACCUUAAGCACCCAAACUUGGUGAAUCUUCUGGAGGUCUUUAGACGCAAGAGAAAGUUACAUUUGGUGUUCGAAUACUGCGAAAAUACCCUCCUCCACGAAAUGGAAAAGUAUCCGAGCGGUUGCCCGGAUCUGACAACGAGGCAGAUUACUUGGCAAAUUUUACAAGGUGUCGCUUACUGCCAUCGCCUUGGAUGCGUUCACAGAGACGUGAAACCAGAGAAUAUUCUCAUCACCGCUGAAGGCGUGGUAAAGUUAUGCGACUUUGGAUUCGCGCGUAUGCUCAGUCCCGGUGAAAACUAUACGGAAUACGUCGCGACCAGAUGGUACAGAGCACCGGAAUUGCUGGUCGGAGACACGCAGUACGGUACUCCGGUCGAUGUAUGGGCAAUCGGUUGCGUGUUUGCCGAAUUGAUACGAGGUGAAGCUCUCUGGCCAGGAAAAUCCGAUGUCGAUCAGUUGUACUUGAUAAGAAGGACGCUGGGCGAUCUCUUACCGAGACACAUGGCCAUCUUUCAACAAAACGAGUUUUUUACUGGCAUCAUUCUUCCAACGCCACAAACCCUCAUACCCCUCGAGGACACUUUACCCCGUGGAAAUAGCAAUCCUUUACAGCUGGAUUUCUUGAAGAAAUGCUUGGAUAAAGAUCCGAACGAAAGGUGGACGUGCGAACAGCUGUUACGACAUUCCUACUUUGACAAUUUUCAUUUCAAAAUACCGGAAGUCGAGACGGAAGAACUUAAGAAAUAUCGGGAACGAUCACGGAAUAGCAAUUACGGUCAAAUGGUGUUACCGCAACUACCCAAGGCUGGUGGUCCUAUCCACGGCCAAAGUGAAAGCCGACCCAAGAGUUCCUCUAUACAUCAACCAAAUUUUGACCACCUACCUACUAUAAGGGGUUAAUUAUAAUCUCCUUUGUAAUUGUACAUAUAUAUUUUCGUAAGUUUUUUCAGAGUGCUUGCGUUAAUUUAAAAUUGCCUGGCCGACUGAUUGUUAUCGUUCUUUUAUUUCUAUACCUGUACACAUUUCUACACUUUUUUUUUCUCCUUUAAGGUUUUCCUUAAGAUUUUCAUUUACAUUCAUGUAAUAUAAUUUUUGUGUAUAUAUAUAUAUAUAACAUAGAACUGCAACUCGUAUACUCGUAUGUCCCUUGCAAUAAAGCAACUUAUUCGGUG